CAAAAAAAAAAAAAAAAAAAAGACGAGUCACAAGUUAGACGUUUCCGCCCCCUCUUGAAUCUGAUUGGCUGUUCGCUCCAAACAUAGUCAUGUGACGAGCAGUCCGACGGACAGAAGCAGGAAGAACACAAACGGGUCCAGGAUGGCAGCAGCGCUCCUGUGUUUCCUCCUGGCUGGUCCGGUGCUGCUGGUUGCUGGCAGCCCAGUUUAUAACCCCGACAAUGGGACCGUACCACUGGUGCUGUGGCAUGGGAUGGGUGACAGCUGUUGUAACCCGCUCAGCAUGGGGUCGAUAAAGAAGAUGGUUGAGGAGGAGAUCUCCGGCAUUUACGUGCUCUCACUGAUGAUCGGAAAGAACGUCAUUCAGGACACAGAAAAUGGGUUUUUCAUGGAUGUGAAUGAGCAGGUGUCCAUGGUGUGCGCUCAGCUGGCUCAGGACCCAAAGUUGAAGGGAGGAUACAAUGCUAUGGGCUUCUCCCAGGGGGCACAGUUUCUGAGAGCUGUGGCCCAGCGCUGUCCCUCUCCACCAAUGAAAAACCUGAUCUCCAUCGGUGGCCAGCACCAAGGAGUGUACGGGCUGCCCAGGUGUCCCGGAGAGAGCUCCCACAUCUGUGACAUGAUCCGCAAGGCUCUGAACAGUGGAGCUUACACUGACUUGGUUCAAAAACACCUGGUGCAGGCGCAGUACUGGCAUGACCCCUUAAAUGACGACCUGUACAAGAAGCACAGCCUCUUCCUGGCCGACAUCAAUCAGGAGCGGGCUGUGAAUGAGACUUAUAAGAAGAAUCUUCAGUUGCUGGAGAAGUUCGUCAUGGUCAAGUUCCUACAGGACACUGUAGUGGAUCCUGUUGAUACUGAGUGGUUCGGCUUCCUGAAAACCGGCCAGGCCAAAGAGACCGAAACUCUACAGGAGAGCGUUCUCUACAAAGAGGAUCGUCUGGGGCUGGCAGCGAUGGAGAAGGCGGGAAAGCUGGUUUUUCUGUCUAGUGAGGGAGACCACCUCCAGCUGACCAGAGAGUGGUUCACCGCUCACCUGCUGCCUUUUUUACACUAAAACCCUUCAGUCGUCUCAGAGAAAAUAUAUCGGACUUCAACAAAUACAAAUUCUGUCUCUAAAGCAAUAUAAUGCACGUUAACAGUAAACAACCAGAGCAGGGAUGCAAAAAGCACCUAAUUCAUUCAUUCUGCACUGAUCACUUUUAGCAUGUGGAUUCUGUUUUAUAAUGCUUUGUUAAUUUUAGCAGCUAAUUUGUGUGCGAGUUUACUGUUUUUACCAACAUUAGAUUAUUAGUGUAAUUUCCAAUGUGAGCUGUUCUGAUGAGGUCAGAUUGUUUUGAGAAAUGUUGGAUGAGACUUUUUAAAAAUGUUUUUUUCUGUUUAACUGUAAAUGUACAGAUUACACCUUUAAAUCCAAUAAAGACAAACCAAAAGACA